AUGGGAGGAGUCAGGUCAGAAAAGCAGAGUAAGCGUCUCUAAAGAUGCCAAGGUAAAUAUCAACCAGCCUUUUAUUCUUACUAAUACCUAUCUCUGUAUUCCUACGUAGCCCUUGCUUUGUAUUCUUACUUUGAGAGAUAUUGGAUCGUUAUGGCACCUACUGUACCUCAAGAUUUUGAAUCUUUAGACGAUUCUAUCGAAUUCAUCGACACUGACAUUGUAGCUAGCAAUGAUGGUGCUGAAAUUGAUGGCAAUGGAUCUACUAAAUUUAUCAACGCUAGUACUAAGGUGUUUGACGACGGUACCCAGGACAAGUCAGGAAAUACUACUAGAAGGUGCACUAAGCGAACUGAAUGUAAAAAAGAUCAAAAGAGGAGUGAGUCCAAGCAAGAUGUAGUUCGUGAAGUUUCAAAACUUGGCAUGCUUCCAAAAAUUUUCAUGUAAGUUUAUACUAGGAUUCACUAGAAAAUUGCACCAAAUAUCCCUCGGCUUUUCGAACGAGUCAUAUAUAUGAUGAAAGAGCAUAAAUAGUUACCGGGAAAACUGUUUUCAAAAACAGCUAAAUAGGUUCGGCUAGCGAGAUAUUAGCGAUUAAAGGAUUUACAUAGGUGUUCCUAUUUGGACCUUCUCACUUGUCUUCAGCAAAACAAAUGGGUUGAAGCUUCAAUCCGGUGUGGUCGAGUGGUUAGGAAAUUAGUUUGGGGUGGAAAAAAGGGAAAGUUCGAAUCCCGUCGAUUUCUUUUUGGCGCCCAGUCAUUAUGACAAGAAGUUUUGGCUAGCCAAACAAUACUUCGAUUAAAAAAAUAUUUUUUAUGUCUUAUUUUUUGUUUUUAGUCACUUUAGAAAAAAAUAGUUAUUAAAAAAUAUCAUUUUUUAAACUUUAAAGCUAUACCUUUUAAGCAUAUAAGAAUAUAAAGCAUAAUGUAACUCGCUAGCCAAGUCCACUUAGCUGUUUUUGAAAACAGUUUUUCCGGUAACCUUUUAUGCUCUUUCAUCCUAUAUAGGUCUCUUUGAAAAAGCCGAGGGAUAUUUGGUGCAAUUUCCUAGUCAGAUCCUUCGGUCUUUUCGUUGGCUGAAGGCGGACGUCUUCGCUUUUGUGAAUUUUAGAUCGGCCAAUCGGAUAACGACUUGGCCUUUUACUAAGUUUAGAAAACUUAUAUUAACAUAAAGCUGUUUAGGUUGGGGCUUUGUCUUAUAUAUAUAUUGUUUCUUCUCAACGAACUCAAGUUGAUUGAUGAAAAAUUGGCUGAUUUUCAAAAACAUGUUCUUCGCAACUCGAUCGAUAUUAACAUUGAUGCGGUUGUGGCAAACUUAUUGAAGAAGAUUUGCUUUCUGAAGCCAAGUUGCUUAAUAAACAUAGAAAUGACAUCCUUGACUUCUUGACUUACAUCAGUGCACGAUACAAUGAGGAAUUCAGAAAUGAUGUUAUGGUAGAAAACGGAAAAUGCAUCGAAAUGUGUAAACGUGUUUUUUUUUGUAAUUUUCCGUAGCAAAGACUAGCUCUUUUUCUUGCUUUUGCUCUUACUCUUUCUCUUUAUCUUGCUCUUGUUCGUGCCUCAGCACAAGCCUUAGUGUAGGCCUAGCUCCAGCCUCUAACUAUUUACUAUAGUUUUACCACGGCAUUAUUCAGCUCUAAACUGUAAUAUUUAUUAAUUUUUUUUCAUUUCAGGUUUUCACCGAAUGUAUACACUGAUCCUUGGAGCUGAAUUAGAGAAAGGAAACGAUGAAAAAGUCAAAGAUUUGAAAGUUUUGAAGCCUUAUGUUCAAAAUGUCCUUUCUAAACUACUAGGAGCAGUUGCCAAGAAUCCCGGCUAUAUGAAAAUCGUCGACGAACAACACAAGACUUUGGAACAUGGCAUUAUUUAUAAGUACACUGUUAAUUGA